UUUUCUCUCUCUCUACAAAAUCUGUUAUGUUAUCUUCCUCUAACUGUCAAAAAAAUUGAGGAUACUUAUAUGGAAUGUUGCCGAUAAACCCUACCUCAAUUCUCCCCCUUUCCAACCCUCCGAUUUUCUCAUUUCCGCAAUUUCUCUCUCCAUCCUUCCCUACCUUCCGCUGCCGAGCCGCCGCCGACAGCGGUUUCCCGCGCUCCUGGUUCAGUUCCGCUGCAGCUUCGGACGCCGCCGCAGUCGGAAUCGGGAAUAGUUUUCCGGAUAACCUAGGCUCCGGCGCUGCUAGUGGGAGCAGUAAUAGCAAGAGCGCCAAGGCUAAUUCGAAAGAGAGAUGGGCGCGAGAUCGGGAGAGCUACAUGACCGACGCCGACGAUGCGCUGCCGCUCCCCAUGACUCAUCCUGAUUCCUCCCCCGUGUCGCCGGAGGAAAUCGAUAAGAGGCUCAGUUGCGAUCCUGAGAUAGAGGAUUGCAAGCCAAUGGUCUACGAAUGGACUGGAAAGUGUCGUAGUUGCCAGGGAUCUGGAUUCGUGAGCUACUAUAACAGAAGAGGAAAGGAAACUAUCUGCAAAUGCAUACCUUGUCUUGGGAUCGCAGGAUAUGUGCAGAAGAUAACGGGGCGGGAUGAUAUUGAUGUGAUGGAGGACUUGGACAACGGAAGGCCAUCUUGUUAUACCGAUGAGUCUCUUGGAUUAUCUCAUAUCUCAUCCCUAUCUCAAGAGCGUUUCUUGACCCAAUCGAGAACGAUGUCCAGUUUCAGUUUCCUCGACAUGCAGUACAAUCUGUCGAAGAAGAAGUUCCUGAAGAAGCCUUCGAGGUUGUUCUCUCGUGACAGGCAGACAUCCAGCCUAGCACCCAUUUACAUGCCGAAUGCAGAAGAGCUGAAGCAAGUUUUCAACAAGUUUGAUUCCAACCGAGAUGGGAAGAUAUCUCCGGAGGAGUAUCAGGCUAUAUUGAAGGCAUUGGGAAAGAAGAAUCUGGUGAGGAACGAAGUGCAGAAGAUAUUUGAGGUUGCGGAUUUGGAUGGUGACGGUUUCAUCGACUUCAAUGAGUUUGUGGAGAUGCAGAAGAAGGAAGGUGGGGUGAAGACGGUGGAUCUGCAUCGGGCCUUCGAGGCCUUUGACAAGGAUAACGACGGGAAGAUCACGGUGCAGGAGGUGUACGAGCUGCUGCGGAGGCUGGGAGAGCGAUGCAGCCUGCAAGACUGCCAGAAAAUGGUGCGAGCUGUCGAUGCCAAUGGUGAUGGUGUGAUCGACUCGGAUGAGUUUGUCACUAUGAUGACUCGCACCAUGAUUAGAUACUAGAUUUGUUAUUCCCCUCUCGUGAUAUGAUUUCGAGCAUUUGUGUUUUAUUUCAUCGAUUAGGAAACACCCUUAUGUGUAUUCGAAAUAUGUUAUGCUCAAGCUUGGUUCAUUUA